CUGCAGAGACACAAAGAUAACACUGUUACAUGUUUGAUGAUGACGAUGAUAAGGAUGAUGUGACUCGUAGGACUUGGACAUGAAGUUCCCAUGAGUCCAGGACUUCUUCAGGAGCAGAUGGACAAACCCAGGAACAGUUCUGACCGAUACUCUGAUGAAAAAUGUCCUGCAACUCGUGUCCUCGCCUCUCAGCUGAACCCGUCCAGCGCCGUCAUCAACCACCUGCUGCUGGGUCGUAAACCACGCAGCAGACCCACAUCCACCAGUCACAGCUCCCCCUGCAGGCAGCACUGGGGAUCACUGCCCUCCCACGGCAGCAGACCUCCAGGAAACGGCAGCGGCGAGUCUGGGUCACCGUGGCGAGCUCAUGUCCGGGUCCAUCGCAGGAACGUGGCCCGGGCUCGAGCUCAGCUGGGAUUUGAAGAUUCAGAGGAAAGAGAGGAUGAAGGUGAAGAGGAAAACAAGAGGAACGAUGAUGAUGAUCUGAAGAAAGACGAGAGUGAUGUCACCGUUUCUCCUUCUUCUGAUCCUUCUGUUACUGGUUCAGUUUGUGAAGAAGCUCCUCAAGUUUCUGAUGAAACAAACACAGCACAAGUUUCACAGGUUGUGGUGAAAUUAGAGAACGAGUCGAAGCCAGAAACACAACCUUCAGUCCCUGAACCUCCAGCUCCUUCAGUCCCUGAACCUCCAGCUCCUUCACCUGCCGAUGUUCCUGCAGCUCCUUCAGCUGCCGAGGUUCCUGCAGCUCCUCCAGCUGCCGAUGUUCCUGCAGCUCCUCCAGCUGCCGAUGUUCCUGCAGCUCCUCCAGCUGCCGAUGUUCCUGCAGCUCCUCCAGCUGCCGAUGUUUCAGCAGGUGAAGAUGCUGUAGAUCUUCCUGCAGGUGAAGAUGGAUAUGGUCCUUCAGUUCCUCCUCCUUCUUCAAACAGGCACAAAGAGUCAGACUCCUCAGCUUCCGAGAGAAACACCACCUCUUCACCUCCAUCACUCCACUUCUCCGCCGCCUGCAUCCCUUCUUCUUCUUCCUCCUCCUCCUCCAUCCUGAGUUCAUCUCUCUCUCCUGUCCCCACAUCACUUCCUUCUGGCUCCGUCUCUCCAACACCAGACCCUACCUCCUUCCUCCCUCUCUCGCUUCCUGCUUCCUCCACCUUUUAUAAAACCUCCUGUCCCUCCACUCCCUCUCUCUGCUCCAUCUCCUCAUCCUCUAAAUCUCUCAUCUCCUCCUCCCCGUCCACGCCGGUGUUAAGCUCCACCUCCUCCACUCCCAAACAGCAGCAGCUCUUCUCUCCGUUCCCAAGCGUGAAACAGCCCAGGAAGUCGCCGGCAGCGAGGAACCUCGGUCUUUACGGACCCACGUCCAGAACUCCCACCGUCCACUUCCCUCAGCUGAGCCGCAGCAGAGCGGCCGGAACCACGGGCAGGAGAUGAUCCGUCUGUGCCACACUGUCCCCUGCUGGUCAACAAAACAACUCUCUCAUAGAAAACAAGUUCACAAACAUUAAAGGUGUAGUUCAGGGGAAGUCAUAGUGUGAGCUGACUGUGCUGUGAGAGCCCCCUGCUGGUGACAACAGUGUAUGACAGUAUCUCAUGUAAUCACACUUCCCUGUGGACCCUAACCCUGGAGUAUGAAUGAAAAUGAAAUGAGUAUGUAUGAAGUUCUUUACUUUGUGGUCUAUGCAGCUUCUUAUUGACCAUGAUGAUGAUGACGUGUGCUGAUUAUGUAUGAAGACAAAGUGUCCAGUUGUGUUUCCAAGCCAAGUAUUAAACCACUACACAAUAAAGUAAAUAUACCUGUGUGA